AUGGAUGAUGAAGAAACAGCCCUCGAAAUCUUGGCCGGGAACACCUUCAUGGUGACUGCUGUAGUGCCGCUCAAGGCCCAGGAACGGUUCAGCGAGUACCCCCUCCUCCAGAAGCUGUCAGAGUGCAUCGCGACUAAGGGCAGUGACCCUACCCCUAUCAACGGCCAAUCCAUGAUUGGAGAUACGCCACUUGAGGAGGUCAGGUUUUCACAGUGCAACAUCGCUCUUUCUGACUGCGCCAAGACCGCUAUGGUUGAGGCCGACGCAAGGUUGCUAGGAUGGCCUGCUCCCGACAAAAACGAGAGACCUGUUCUCAGAACCCACUCGCUCAACCUCUGCACUGGUGUAUGCCGUCGCUUGAACGCCUUGGACAACCGUGUAGUUUUCGAAAAUGUUGGGAUGACCAGAGAGCAACUGCGUACGCUCGGAACGGUUGCAUACUGCAACGUCCCCCUCAUCGAAUGUCUUGAAGAUUGUGUGGCGAAAUAUGACGCGAUUAUAACAGCGUGGGACAUUAAAAACCCAGAGCUGUGA